CAACUCUUCUUCUUCUUCUUCUUCUUCCGCCUCCUCCUCAAACCAAUCAUGUUCGAUUCUUCUAAGGACCCUUCCUUUACGCUUUUCGGCCGCAAAAUCCCACUUUCCGACGACGGAGAGCCUCCGCCGAUCCAUUCCCACGCCCACGACUCCCCUUCUGACAAAGAUGCACCACCCGGAAAGGAAUCAACGGUAGAUGAUGAUGAGAAAACUGUUGAUGAUUCAGAUGAUUCGAUAAAUGUAGACGCAGGGGAGGAAGUUGGCGUGAAUCCCAAAACGCCGUCUAUUGAUGAAGAAGAAGCUGCGAACCCCAUUAAUGGAAAACCAGAAAGUGAAAACUCCAAUUCAGAGAAAACCCUGAAGAAGCCUGAUAAAUUGCUUCCAUGUCCUCGGUGCAAGAGUAUGGAGACCAAGUUCUGUUACUACAAUAAUUAUAAUGUCAAUCAACCUCGCCAUUUUUGUAAAGCUUGUCAAAGAUACUGGACCGCCGGCGGCACCAUGAGGAACGUGCCGGUCGGAGCUGGUCGCCGUAAGAGUAAAAACUCUGUUUCUUAUUACCGUCACAUCACAAUCUCUGAGGCUCUUGAUGCUGCUCGAAUCGAGCCUCCAAAUGGAACCGACAAACCAAAAUUCAUCGGCAACAAUGGUAGAGUCCUGAGUUUCAAUUUGGAUUCACAGAAUUCUGACCCACCCGUGGUGGGCUCUGUUUUGAACCUUGCGGAAAACAGAGUUUUGAGUAAUGGGGUGAAAAAGUUUGAAGAAAAAGGUUCUGAAGUAUGUGAUAAAAGCUCGAAUUUGUCAUCUACGGCAGUUCAAAGUUCAUCAGAAUCUCAUACCCAGAAAAUCAAUGGCUUUCCAUCUCAAAUUUCAUGUCUUUCUGGAGUCCCAUGGCCUUUUGUUUGGAAUUCAUCCGUUCCUCCACCAGCCUUUUGCCCACCAGGAUUUCCCUUAACGUUUGUUCCAGCAGCUGCAUGGAACUGUGGAGCUCCAGGACCAUGGAACACGACAUGGUUUUCCCCACAAGCUUCCUCUGCAGAGAAAUCUCUCUGUUCUGACACGAAAGCUUCUUCAACACUGGGAAAACAUCAAAGAGACAACGAAAUAGCCAAAGAAGAAGGGAUUUUAAGUAAAGAGGAGGGUUUAAAGCAGAGAAAUGGAUAUGUUUUGACCCCAAAAACUUUAAGGAUUGAUGACCCAAGUGAGGCAGCAAAAAGUUCCAUAUGGGCAACACUUGGCAUAAAGAAUGAAUCAAUCACCGGAGGAAAAAAUCUGUUCAAAACCUUCCAACCCAAGGGCCAUGAGAAGCCUCAUAUUGCUGAAACCUCCUCAGUCUUACAGGCCAACCCGGCAGCCUUGUCGAGAUCACUCAUCUUCCAUGAGAGCUCUUGAGCGCCGUCGUCCUCAUCGACCUUGAUUCAGAGCAAGUUAGAAUUGGGUAACCUUUGGAUUAGAAAGUAUGAGGUAGCUGUGAUGAGCCAAUGUAGUAUUAAGGGAUGCAGUUUAUAUUACAUUAUUUGCCUGAUUUACAUAGCCACGCUGAUUGCUGAGCUUGUUGUUAUUCACGUUGUAAUGUAAAUAUAGAUAUGUAAAAUACUGACAUAGAUUGCAGAAGAAAAAGAAGAAUUUGUUGGUUAUGUUUGUUGCUGUUAUGGCUUAAAAAAAGUAUCUUUUUUCA